AUGGCAUCCACAUUCGUAGAGUUAUGUCUCCAUGAGAUAUUCAAACAUUUUGCCGUAUCAGAAGAUAGCAACGAAUUCAAUUGUAACAGACAACAACUAUUUCACUUUGCAUUAGUGAACCGUCAUUGGUGUAAUACAGCAAUUCCAUUAUUAUGGAGACGACCGUUUCCUUUGAUCUCGGAAAAAGCUAGCGCAAUAUUUAUUUCGACGCUAUUAAAUUGCUUUGAUAAGGAUGAACAAGAAUCAAGACCAUUAUUUCAAUAUAAUAUUUUUAUUAAACAGUUAUCUUUGGGAUCUUUAUCAGUGGCAAUUUUUAAUUGGACAAACUCAGAAUGCUAUCAUAAUCAUAAUAAACAAGAAUCACGAAAAAAUGAUCCACCGAAAAGUCUCCUUGGAAAACUUAAAACGAUUCGCCUUAAUCGAUCAAAAUCAAAACGCUAUCACAAUCAACAAGAAUCGCAAAAGAAUUAUAACCCGGAAAGUCUCCUUGAAACAUUUAAAGCGAUUUGCCAUAAUUUGAUUGAUAGCACAACGAAUACUUUCCUUGAAAUCGAAUUUAAAGAUUGCAACUACAAUUAUAAUAUAUUCCAAAUACCAAAUUCAAAAACAUCAUUAGAACAAUUACGUUCUUUAACAAUCUCCUUAACUGAUAGUGCAGAACUUCUAGAAUCAACAUCAAAAACUUGCCCUAAUCUAUCUACCCUUGAAAUUAUUUUCUCGCUAUCAUUAUUUUCAGAAACUUGUCAACUAUUAUCAUACCUUAGCUCUUUUACAAAUUUAAAAUUUCUAAGAAUCGAUUGUGGCACUUAUAUUGGUGACCAAUUUAUUAAUGAACUUGGUAAAAAUUUAUCCAAAAGAUUGGAAACUUUUUCAAUUAAAGGAUAUUUAAAAUUUUCUGCAGAUUCUCUCAAAUUGUUUUUGCAUGGAGCAAAAGGAAUACAUUUCAAAUCUUUGGAAUUCCCAUAUUCACAUAUUUCGGACGAGCAUGUAGAAAUCAUUUUGGAAGCUAUAAAUGAUCCAAACUUGGAUGUUUUAAUUCAACAAAUCGAAGCUCCUUUGACAAGCAAUCAGUUGAAGAAAUGUAAAGAUCACGGAAUCGCAUUAAAGAAUACAUGUAGUUGCAUUACGUGCGAAUUUGUAAGUUAA